AUGAAUGGCUUACUAGCGUCUUGCGCCAUCGCCCUCCUCUCCUUGGAUGUUGUCUCUGCCAUGCAGGAUACGACGAAGCGCUUUUAUACAACUAGCGCCGUGAAAAUGGAGAAUGCUAUCACCAUGUUGAAUUACCAAUUUAAGUCUGACACGGCUUUCAUUUUGGUUCCCAAGCUUCCGGCACGAUACUAUUAUGUAAAGGAGCGCAACAACGCGAUUCAGAACUUAGGUAUCAAGACGAGGGUGUCGUUGGGUACAUCGGUGUCGUGCUGCAGCGUCCCAUUCUACAGAUUGUAUAAUUACGGUGCGCGAUCAUUUUUACACCGUGAAUGCAAACGAGAGAAAACCGCGGCCCAGACUGAAGGGUGGGUAUUGCCGGAUGCUAUGUCCUUCCCGUUUGACUGCAGCUUGGUUCUCUCACGGUUCAUCUGGCUUGCUUAUAGGAAGGCAUUUGUCCUGGGAGGACCGGGCUUCCAGAUAGUCAAUUCCUAUCUGGAAACGGCGCUCAAUAAACGAAGAGAGACCUCAGGGUUUGGCUGGGUGCUACAUACUUUUUUAAUAUUCACCCGGGACAAGUCUGGCAGGGACAGUGUUUCGUCUUUUGAACAUACAGACACUCGAGGUAUGAAGGACUGGUCGGCGGUCCCACAAUUCACAAAGUACAUAAACCAGGAUAGGUUUUUCGCGAAAUGUAUCUUAUCGCCUAUCGUCGCCAGCGGUUGGAAGCUCGAAGGGGACGCUGCUCGCAUCUACGACUUCGGAACUCCCGGUACCACCCCGUUUUAUCUCAUGUACUCACCUACCGCCGUCGAUCACUUUUGCACCACCGACGAAGCUCAACGGAACAACUUAAUCAACAGACCUGGGUUCAACGACGACGAUAUCGGUGGGUGCAUUUACCCUUCAACUUCUCAACUCUGCGGUGGCAGCGUUUCGUUCUGGUACCGCAUGUAUCAGCCGACUACUAAUCAGCGUCAUCUUCGUAAAUCCACGUUGACCAAUGUUAUUUCCAGCAGGUGUUUCCGAGCUGUCCUGCAGGCUCUCUGCAAUUAUCACAUUGUCUGGUUUUGUACCAUGGAUUUCCACUGCCCAAAGAGCGCAACAACAAAUGAAGAAAUUCGACAAUCGAAUAUCAAUGUCGAAGAGAUCGAUUAA